CCUUCCCCAUCCCGCCGCCUGUUCCUCCGUGUUCCGGCCUGUCGCCGUCCGUCUUCCCCGCUACAACGACGUCCUCGCCCCACUCCACCUGCCUCCAAGAUCCGCGCGUUUGGAGAUGGCUCGCCGCAAGGAGAGACUAGGCGUUGCGAUGGUACAGGAUGGGCGCGGCCUCAGUGGGAGGAGGGGGCGCUCCUCUGCUGCUGCUCAUCGACGGCACUGGCGGCUGCACUUCCGCCGCUAGGUGGUCUUCUCCUCACACCAGAUUGGUUUCCGCAGAAGGUUCGAGAGAUUCCAGCGGCCAAUUUCAUCUAUGACCAUCUGGGUGAGUCUUUUCAGUUCUGCUUACUGAAAGUUCAGUGGUCAGUGGACAUUCGGUUAGUACUAGUACUUUGGCAACUCCUAGAUUAGGAACAUUCAGGGGAGUUCCUAAAUUCUUUUGGUGGAUGUCAGGCGAGGAUUCUUGCUGACGGGAUGGGAAUGCAUUGAGUUCUAACAAAACAGUAUAGGCCACAAAGUUAAAGUAGAUUGUAGGUUCCCACAAAUCAAUCAUAUAUGCAGAUGUUGGUGGCGUUUGUCUUGGUGACAAGAUAGAGAGACCGACUGUUGGGGAAGCUGUUACUUUGAAUGGGGUUUGCUUGCUCCCCCUUAGUGACGGUCAUAGUAGUAAUAGAUUGUUGGAGAUGCCCCAAGUCACAGGCUGAAAAGGAGGAGCCGCAAUCACUACCUCUGAAAAUCGUUUCAGAGUUCAGACCAUCCUCUACCAUAUUCCAAACGAGUGUCACGUCUGAAUGUCAUUUCCUCCAUUUGAACUGCAUUAACUGCAUUCACCAUCAGCGUAGCUAGCCGUUGAAGAUGUAUGUCAUUUGCACACACAAAUGUCAACACUGUCCAUGUCGAAUACAGUCAACUAUGCAAUUAAGUUCACUUCCUGUUGACGCAUGGAAAACCAAGCAAUAAUCAACGUCCACAUGACAAGCAUUGAUAUUCUAUUCUUCUUUUGAGCGGACUGAAAGCAUGCACAAUUAUCUGAAACCGAAAAGCUUAGACCGCAUCAAUGGCAGAAAAUUAUGCCAGCCAGAUUGGACUCAGCCAAGGUCUUCGUUGCAGGUGAGAGGCAAGUGGGUAGGAGUGUUAGGCUGCUUUACAUGUGUUUAUAAACCCCUGGAGAACCGAACCAGAUGAGUAGGAGUACCCAACUCACACACCACCAUCACCGGGCUUCGGCGUUCUGCUCUCAGACGCAAGAGGUGCGCUUAUUCUCUCUAUCUCCUUGACCAUAUUUUUUCGCCUGUGUGUGUCUUGCUGCUAGACUUGUGGGACAACUUCAGUUUACAUGAUCACUUGGCCUAUGCAGUCAUAUUCCUAAUACGUCGUGAGAUCAUGGCGAAUUCCAUGGUGCCAACGCUGCUACAUCGCCUAGUUCUUGCAUUGCUCCUCCUGCUGCUGCCUCUCCUUAAUUCCGGGCAAGCCGAGGGCCGCGCCACGCCUGCAGCAGCAGCACGCCGCGGCACUUCGCUAAGAUCCCAAGCUGGGGCGCUUCUCCACUGGAAAUCAUCCAUCAAGUACUCCUCCAAGCACCAGCUGGGAACCUGGGGAGACGACGGCAUGUACCCGUGCAACUGGACCGGCAUCACCUGCGGGGACACUCUGUCAAGCAGAGGAACCAUGGUGAAGGUCAUCACAGGAAUUUCCCUUGAUGGUGCCAGCAUUGCAGGGCGACUGGACAAACUGAGAUUCCAGUCGCUCCCUUACGUUGUCAACCUCGAUCUUAGCGACAACUACCAUCUCUCCGGUGCCAUCCCUCCAGGCAUCGGCUCUCUUUCCAUGCUUUCCACCCUCAACUUCUCUGGUGAUCAGCUCAGCGGGCACAUACCUGCAUCAUUCUGCAACCUUGGACAGCUCACAGGGAUGGACCUCUCCAGCAACAAUCUCACCGGACAAAUCCCUCCUGCUUUAGGUAAUCUCUCAAGACUUGGUUUUCUUUAUCUACGUGGGAAUAGGCUCUCGGGUAACAUCCCCUGGCACCUCGGACAGCUUCAGAACAUGAGAGAGAUGGAUUUGAGCCUUAAUGACAUUUCUGGCCAUGUACCUUCCGCCCUUGCAAACCUGACCAACCUCGACUAUCUGGACCUUUCUGAUAAUCGUCUGUCAGGACCCAUACCUAAAGAACUAGGACACAUCCAAACCCUGCAAGAACUACACUUGGAGAAAAACAAUCUGAGCGGCACAAUUCCGCCCUCCCUUGGUAACCUGACAGUGCUCACAUACCUGACAGCAUAUCGGAACCAAUACACUGGUCCAAUACCGGCAGAGUUUGGGAUGCUCUCGAGCUUGAUUGGGUUGGACUUGUCAGAUAACCAUUUGACCGGCCCUGUUCCUUCUAGUGUUGCUGGAAAUCUUACUUCAGUGACCUAUUUUUCUCUUUUUGGUAACCACAUAACCGGAUCCAUCCCUCAUGAGUUUGGGAAUCUCGUGAAUCUGGAAACCCUUGCCCUCUCGGACAAUUUGAUAGUUGGAUCAGUGCCAUCAAGUAUUGGGAACAUGUCUUCACUCAAACAAUUAAUAAUACAUAACAAUAGUAUCUCCGGGGAAUUGCCGACCGAGUUUGGAAAUUUGCUAAAUUUGGAGUAUCUUAUGUCCUAUGAAAACCAAUUGUCCGGCUCAAUCCCUCCAAGUUAUGGAAAAUUGGUCAAGAUGACACAAAUGCGACUGUUCAACAACCAGCUCUCCGGCCCUGUGCCUCCAGCACUGUCCAACCUUACCAAUUUAGUCGUCAUUGCACUGGAUGACAACCAGCUGAUCGUACACUUGCCAGAUUUGUGCCAAAGUAAAAAGCUACAGGUUUUACAAGUUCAUAACAACAAUCUAGAUGGUCCUGUCCCAAAAGGCUUGAGGGAUUGCAGUUCAUUAACAUCGCUCAUGAUCGCCAAUAAUUAUAUUGAGGGAAACAUAACUGAAGCAUUUGGUGUGUAUCCACACCUCGAUACGAUCAAUUUAUCUUCAAAUAGAUUUGUUGGGCAGCUCUCGCCGAAUUGGGGCUCAUGUCAAAACUUGACAAGUAUUAAUUUUGCACACAAUAUGAUAGAAGGCAGUAUACCUUCUGAGGUUGGGGUGCUGAAAAAUCUUGGAAAGCUUAAACUGAGUUUCAAUAGGUUGACCAGUGAGAUACCACCGGAAAUUGGCAAGUUAAGCAACCUCUAUUGGAUGGAUUUAAGAAACAAUCAACUAUCUGGCCAGAUCCCUAAGCAAAUCGGCCAACUUAGCAAUCUUGAGAUUCUUGAUUUCUCAAGCAACCUGUUGAGCGGUAAAGUGCCAGAAGAGAUGGGAAAUUGUUUGAAACUGCAGUCAUUACAUAUGAAUAACAACAGCCUUAGUGGAAGUCUUCCUGGUAGUUUGGGCCAUUUAGCUUCCCUGCAAAGAAUGCUUGAUCUUAGCAUGAAUAGUCUCAGCGGACCAAUACCGUCAGAACUCAGCAACCUAGAGAUGCUGAUGUAUGUAAACUUCUCACACAAUCAAUUCAGUGGUGCAAUCCCUGCCUCCAUUGCAAGCAUGCAAAGCCUAUCAAUAUUUGAUGUUGCAUAUAACCUCCUUGAAGGCACUGUCCCAAAUGGGAUCCAGAAUGCAUCAGCUGAAUGGUUUCUCCACAACAAAGGUCUUUGUGGAGACCUUGUUGGACUGUCUCCUUGUGAUUUGCCCCCUGCAGAUCAUAGGCGAAAGCACCAAAAGAUUAUACUACCAGUCAGUCUAACUAUGUUUGUCGCUACUAUUUCAAUAACAGCAGGUGUGAUAGCCUUUAUGAUUUGCCGCAAGAAAGUACCUCAAAAUACUGAUGAUGUGAGCAAAAGGGAUGUAUUCUCUGUAUGGAGCUUUGAUGGCAGAAUAGCAUUUGAAGAUAUUAUCAAUGCAACUGACAAUUUCGAUAAGAAACAUUGCAUUGGAGAGGGAUCAUACGGCAGUGUUUAUAAAGCAAAACUUCAAGAUGAACAAGUGGUCGCAGUAAAGAAACUCCAUGCAGGCGAUGAAGAGGCACAAGAUGAAGAAAGAUUCCGGCAUGAGAUUGAAAUGUUAACAACAAUUCGCCAACGCAGCAUCGUCAAGCUAUAUGGAUAUUGUUCUCAUCCGCGGUUCCGGUUCCUUGUGUGCCAGUUUAUACAGAGAGGAAAUCUAGCUUCAACCUUAAGAAAUGAAGAACUAGCAAUCCAGUUCCACUGGCAAAGGAGGACAGCUUUAAUAAGAGAUCUGGCUCAAGCCAUCGCUUACCUCCAUCAUGAUGUUCACCCACCCAUAAUUCAUCGAGACAUCACAAGCAGAAACAUCUUACUAGAUACUGAUUUCAAAGCAUUUGUCUCGGACUUCGGUAUUGCAAGAAUGUUAAAACCUGAUUCGUCAAACUGGAGUGCACUAGCAGGGACCUACGGCUACAUAGCACCUGAAUGUUCCUACACUUCCCUAGUUACAGAGAAAUGUGAUGUAUAUAGCUUUGGCGUUGUGGUGCUUGAGGUGUUGAUGGGCAAACACCCUGGAGAUUUGCAGGCUUUUCAUUCUUCACUCGAGGACCAGUUUCUACUGGAAGAAAUUUUGGACAAACGACUUCCACAACCCGAAGCUGGGGAGGAAGAAGUGAGACGGUGCAUCUCCGUGGCAUUUGAGUGCCUAACUCCUUCACCCAAAGAAAGGCCAACUAUGCUGAAAGUUUAUCGAGAUCUUUCCAUCUGAAGUCACAUGUUAAAUUCUUCCAGAUGUAUCAUCUUAGCCUUGUUUAGUUCUCAAUAAAACUUGGGCUAACUUAGCUGUCCAAGCAUUUUCAACCCGAAUAAAUAAGGCUAUUUCUGUUGGGCAUCAUAGAAUAUAUGGGCCACGAACUCACGAUAGAGUCGUGAUCUAAACGCUCUUACAAUUCUUUACAGAGAGAGUAUAAUUGUUCUUUCUAUGAUCAUACAGAUCAUGGAUCAUGCUUA